AUGUCUUCUUCUUUUCCUGUUCUGCCAACCCCUCUGGGAGAAAGAUAUCCUAAACUAGCAGUUUCCAAGCAGGAUUCCAGGGAGAGGGAACGCGUGCAACAUUCUCCAGCUAUCAUUUCGCAAAUGUCUUCCAACAAUGGGGUAGUUGGCCAUCUAUUUUCUUCAUCCUCGGGAUAUUCUACCGAUCUUUUUUUUUCAUCUAACCCGGAACAAAAGAACCAUCCAAGACAAUCUCAUCUCAUAUCUCAAUCAACUAACAGUGAGACAUCACUUAUGUUGCCUCAUUCUGUUGAUUCUGAAGCCCCUCGAUCCACAGCAUCAAGUCACUAUAACAAGGAAGAUUACAACCCCUCUUGGUGUACAGAUUCACUGCCUGAUUUUCUUGAUUAUCCUUUAAGUACCUCUAUCCAGAAUAAUCAACUAGAAAGGAGUAACUGCAGCGGCACUGCCAUUCCAUCCGAGGAACUUACUAAACAUGAUGAUUGGCAGGAAUGGGCUAACCAGCUUCUCACUGAUGAUGAUGCUUUGACUUCUGACUGGAAUGAGCUUCUUGCUGAUGCAAGUAUUGCAGAUCCAGCACCAAAGGUACAUCAUCAUAUGUCCAAUCUGUCGACAAAUUUCUCAAUACAGCAGCCCAAUGAACAGCUCCCAGCUACACCUGGAGAAACUUGCACCACUGUUGCUCAAUCAUCUUCUGCUAAUUGUGCUCAAACCAAGCAACGAAUGCGUUGGACUCCAGAACUUCAUGAAGCCUUUGUGGAGGCAGUCAACAAGCUUGGUGGAAGUGAAAGUAACUCUUCCUUCACCACUUAA